UAAUGAGCUGCUUUUAUAAGUAGAGUCGCCGUCUUCCCUCUACUGCGAGCUGGUAGAACCCCAAACCCAACUCUGUUAGCAAUCGCCGAUCGUUCCCCAAUUGGUUCGGCUAUCCCAGUAUCCCUCCGAUUAGUGGUUACAUAUGGCUUCGUUCAGAGCAUUCUUGAAUAGUCCAGUUGGUCCGAAAACCACCCACUUUUGGGGACCUGUUGCAAAUUGGGGGUUUGUUGCCGCUGGACUGGCUGAUAUGAAUAAACCCCCCGAAAAGAUUUCUGGAAACAUGACAGCAGCAAUGUGCGUUUAUUCAGCAUUGUUUAUGAGGUUUGCGUGGAUGGUACAGCCUCGGAACUACUUACUUCUGGCUUGCCAUGUCUCGAAUGAGACUGUCCAACUCUAUCAACUCUCUCGUUGGGCGAAGGGUCAGGGAUACUUAUCCAAGAAGGAGGAAGCUGCCGCCCAAUAACUUGCUGUUGCUUCUGUCGUCCCAUUGGCUUAUCUUUGUUCUCUUUGUGUUAUUUGAUGUAGCUAGUGUUGAUCAUGUGAAGCCUUACGUGCGCUGCUAUUUGCCUUAUAGAUAAAUCUACUGAGCAGAUGAAACUUGUUCUAUAAUCUGUUCUGAUCAUAUUAUGCUCCAAUUUACUUUCAGAAAUAUUUGUUGAAGUCGUGGAUUUGAGGAAUCAAUAACACGCGAUAAAUUGCUUCGUCA